AUGAAGGAACUUGGCAUCACAACUGAAGAACUUUCUGAAAGCCGCUUGAUGAUACAAGGAUUCAAUCAAGGGGGGCAACGAGCCAUAGGUGCUAUCAAAGUAGAUAUCACCAUCGAAGAUUUGCGAUCAAGUGCAUGGAUGCAUGUCAUCGACGCAAAGACUUCGUAUAAUAUGUUGCUUGGCAGGCCAUGGAUACACGAGAACAAAGUUGUCCCAUCCUCCUACUAUCAGUGUUUGAAGUAUCUCGAAGGGAGUGUCGAAAAGAAGAUAGUUGCUGAUGAUAAGCCAUUUACUGAAGCAGAGUCACACUUCGUCGAUGCAAAGUUCUACUUGAAGAACUACACAGUGAGAGAAGUAAAAGUCGAUGACAUCGCAACGACCAAGAGUGAUAAGAUCGCAACUGAAAGAGCUGAUGAGAUUAUUGGAAAAGUUAAAGUUGGUGCUGAGGUGUCGCACUCCAGUCCCAACAAAGGGAACACCGUGUCUUUGAAGAAGAAGAAGAAGACAACUCCCGUGCUCUGCUAUGUUCCAAAGUUGAAGAAAAAGGAAGGUGAACCAUCUGAAGCUCAAGAAAAUAUGCUAGGGGGGCUAACUCUUCCCAUCAGACGAAUUGAUGCGAUAAAUUUGUCCUCAAAGUUACUUGGAGACUUCGUGGCUCAGAAUCCGCCACAAAAUAUGGCACUCCCUACAAAACGUACAAAUGAAGACUUUGAUCCAAAUGCUUACAAGUUAUUUGUCAAGGAUGGGUACAACCCCAACGAGCCAUCAAAGUUAGGGAAACUUCCAUCAGAAGCUAGCAUGAUACAAUCACGUGAAAGUUUGGGAUACAAACAACCUCCGCCAGUUCGCAUAUCCAUAAGAAGGGCAAGUAUCAACUACAUCACUGUGGAAGAUGAGUCUGUUGCUUCCAACAAAAGGCCUUCAGUGUUUGAUCGUCUUGGAAAGUCGGCCACAAAAGCUUCUACCAAGGAGCGUGACGAAGAUGAGGAGAGUGUAGGUUCUUCAUAUCAUAUUACCGCACAAAGUGAUCAAAAUACUUCAUUUCAGAUAGAGGUUGCCGAGAAGUUGGAGGACAUUUCCUCGUGUUACCACAUAUCUUUCAAUGAUGGCGAUCCUCGAGAGGAUGAAGAUGCCAGAGAUGCUCCUCCAGAACUUGAAGAAGGGGUGAAUACCACAGUAGACUCUUUGAAAGAAGUUAAUCUUGGUACUGAUGAAGACCCAAGGCCCACCUACCUAAGUGCUUUUCUAACAGGUGAUGAAGAAGACACUUACAUGGAAAUACUGAAAGAAUAUAGGGAUGUUUUUGCUUGGAGUUAUAAAGAGAUGCCUGGAUUAGAUCCCAAAGUAGCAGUCCAUCAUCUGGCGGUCAAGAAUGGUGCCCGUCCUGUUAAGCAGGCCCAAAGGCAUUUCAGACCAGAUUUGAUUCCUUCAAUCGAAAAUGAAGUCAACAAACUCAUUGAAGCUGGCUUUAUUCGUGAAGUUAAAUAUCCUACAUGGAUUUCAAGUAUCGUUCCCGUAAAAAAGAAGACUGGCUAA